AUGUCGAAGAGAAACAACAUUUCAUAUAUCAAACCACGAGAACCGUCGUUUUUGAGAAAAUUGAAACAAGAUGCUAACUAUAAGGAAGGCCCAACAAUCGAUACCAAAGUGAGUUGAAUUAUUAUUUAAAUUAACGAACGAAUAAUAUAUUUAACCGAAGUUUGUGUAACGGGCACUCCAAUAGUUUGUUCUUAACAUUUCAUAAGUGAAAACAAUAUUAACAAUUUAACAAUCGUAGGCAAGUACCGAAUACCAAUUAGAGUCCAAUAUAAAUAGUUAGGUAUGUAAAAUUGAAUCGCUAUAGAUAAUUUGUUUAGCAUAGAUAUUGUUGUUAAGCAUAGGUAUCCGGCACAUAAUAGUUAACCCUAUGUUCAUCUGUUUAGUUGUUUAGGUCGUAAUCGAAUUAUUGAAAUAUUGAGACUGUUAAAUUAAAAUUAGUUUAUGGAUGUUAAGUACUUUCACAUCUAAUAUUUUGAUAUAUAUAUAUAUUUUUAUAAAUUCAGUUAUCGAUUAUAUUUGUUUCUCAUUUCAGAAAUGUGAACUUCCUACUUUUGAAGACGACGAAUCAUAUGACGAUGAUAAUCCUACUGUGGUCGUUUUAAAUGAAGGGGAUUUAACAUCGGAAGAAGCAUUAAAAGAUAAAUUAGCCAAAGAACAAGGUAUUCAAUUAUUUAAUUUUUAAAAAUGAUAAUAUGCAUACUUAAUAUUUUGAAUUUUUUUUUUUAGAAGAAAACAGUAAACCGGCUGAUUUGACUAAACGUGUAAUCUUCAAACGCCCAGCAAAAAGUACACCACAAUCUGAAGAGAAACAUAAAAAGAAAAAAAAGAAACGGACUGGAAAAUUGAUUUUGUCAUUUGAUGACGAAGAAGAGUGUUAA